AUGAAUGGUACAGUAAUCGCGCUACUUGUAUUCGGCUUGCUCUUAAUCUCCCAAUUUCAAGAAUCACGCGGAGAAAUCGCUGAAUACGUACCCGACGAUGAAAUCGAGACAAUGGAAGUUGCCAAACGAGGAUUGUUCGGUUCCGUGAGACGGUUCAAAGCCAAGAAUAAACUCAAAAAAAUUCAAAAACAACAGAAAAAAUUAAAAAAAGAGGAAGAAAAGUAUCAAAGGAAGCUGAAUGCUUUGUAG